AUGAAUUACGCCUCCCCUGCGUCGCUGUCACAGUCGCCGUCGCCAGGUGAAGCGGAAAAGGCCCUCUCCGAGCUCUCCGUGCUGCUGCCGGAGGGAUGGAAGGAGCGCGGCGGUGUCGUCACAAAUACACUUGGCGGGCUUCUGCAGAAUCCCUUCUUCAGUGCAGGCGCUGGGCUGUACCUCUUGACGUUUGCGGGAGCGGCGGCACGGUCCUGCUCCACUGUUCUGCAGACGGCGAUGCGGCGCCGCUUUGUGGUAUCGAUGGAGGUGACCAGCCAGGACGAGAGCUACGGCUGGAUGGUGCGCUGGCUCGCGCACAAUCCCGCCUUCCGAGUGCAGCAGGUGAACAUCACCACGCGCAACACUACCAUCUUCUCCAACGACGAGUCCUCGCAUGAGUGCCUCUAUGCACCUUGCACGAACGUGCGGCACUGGUUUUGGUACAAGGGGCGGCCCAUGAUGCUGCAACGGCGACGCGUGGAGACGCAGGCAAUGGGGACCGACGUGCUUGAAACGAUGCAGCUGUCGACGCUCGGUCUGUCGGCGUCCAUCAUGCAGGACAUCCUGGAAGACGCGCGUCACCUCACCUCAAUGCGCAACAGCGACCACACGGUCAUCUACCAGAACGCUGGGGGGCGUUGGGUGCGGCAGGAGCCGCGGCGACGUCGUCCUCUGCACUCUGUGGUACUGGACGGCAACAUGAGCACCAACAUCCUCAAAGACGUUCAACUGUUCCUCAAGUCCAGCAGCUACUAUGAGGACCUCGGCGUGCCGUACCGCCGCGGCUACCUUCUGCACGGGCCGCCCGGCUGCGGAAAGAGCAGUUUUGUCAUGGCCCUUGCCGGUGAGCUGCGGCUGUCGAUCUGCCCCUUGAGUCUCUCAAGCCGCGGUCUCGGGGAUGAGGCGCUGGUGGCGCUCCUUAACAGCGCCCCGCUGCGCUCGAUCGUGCUGCUGGAGGACAUCGACCGCGCCUUCAGCGCUGACAGCCACAUCACGAUGAGCGGGCUGCUCAAUGCGCUGGACGGCGUGGCGGCGCAGGAGGGGCGGCUCGUUUUCAUGACGACGAAUCACGUGGAGCGCCUGGAUGACGCGCUCAUCCGCCCCGGCCGCUGCGACGUGAAGCUGGAGAUCGGCCUGCUGUCGCGCGGCCAGGCGCAGCAGCUGUACCGCAAGUUCUUUCCCCGCAGCGAUGCGGCCCUGCAGGAGCAGUUCGCCGCGCUCAUCCCGCCGCAAGUGUUGAGCGUCGCCCAGAUCCAGUCACACCUCUUCCUGCACCGCGACAGCGCGGAAGAGGCGGUGCGUGCGCUGCCGGUGUUCCUGCAGACGCUCAAGUCGUUUGAAACGCAGCUGCAGCGGGCUCGCGAGAGAGAGGAGAGCAUGGCGCGUCUGAAGCGCUCACCCAUGUUGCACAACCUCUGA